AAAAAGAAAGAGAAAUGAGAGAAAUGAAAGGUGAAAUUUUUCUCAACAUCUCUGCAGAAAAAGCAUGGGAAAUGUAUAGAGAUAAUGAUAAAAUUAGUAGAAUUAAUCCACAAAUGCUUGCUAAAGCUGAAUAUAUUAAAGGAAAAGGAGAGCCUGGUAGUCUCAGAUGUUUCCAGCUUGGUCCUGCAUUAAGUAAGUAUGUGAAACAAUCAAUAGAAAAGAUAGAGAAGGUGGAAGAAGGAGGGUCAGUGACAUAUCAAGUGACUGAUGGUGAAUUAAGGAAAAUGUAUAAUCCAUACAGAGUUACCUUCUCUUUCAUUUAUGUGAGCAAUGAGCAAUGUGUAGUAGAAUGGAAAGCAGAAUAUGAGCCAAUUACACCUACAAUUCCUACACCAGAAAAGGCAAGAGAUGCUGCACUAUCAUUUCUCAAAUUAUUUGAAAAAAUAGACAACCAUGCUAUGUAAAAACAACGAGUUCGAUAUCUCAGAUAGUUGCUCAACUAAAAGUUAUUAUCUCAGAAGAACGGUAAUUAUUUUAUGAGAUAAUAACUAUUAACUGAAUGGCCAUAUGAGAAAUCUGAAGCUAAGCUUUGAGUUCAAGCUUUAAGGUUCUUAGUAUAUAAGUUGUUGUGUGUGUUUUAAAGUUAUGUGUGUUCAUAUUGGGUUCAGAUGAGUCUGGUGUAUUCUGUGUCGUAUGUUUAUGAAAUUUAAUAUCGUGUGUAAGAGUAAAAAGGUCGUUUUAUUACAUGUACUAUCCAAAAUGAUCUCGUUAAAUAAGCAGAGGUAGAUACAUGAUGUGAAGUUCAUGAGCUUCUGCA